UCAAUUGCUACAGAGAAUUAAAUACAAGAAUAAUAAAGAGGGCAAUAUAAGCAUGAAGAAAACAUAGUGAAACAUCCUGGAACACAAUAAAUAAUAAUGCACAAGACAUCAACAUCGGUAAUUACAGACCAAUCGAUAUAAACAAAAUAUUUACAUUAAACGUUUAUUGUCAGACAUGCUAAUUUAGGUCUAUUACAAAUCUCAUUAGCACCUAAGCAACAGAAAUUACGUAAGUUUCUUUAAGUUUUCGAUUGUAACUCUGAUACUAACAAGUUUCCUAAAGAUAAGGUUAUGUAAUAAGCAGUUAUAAAUGUUCCUUAUGAAUAAUAAAUCAUAGUAACUUUGUCUCUCGAGCAAUGUGUUUAGAUUUAAUUUACCAAAACACAGUUGUAAUUACAUUUAUCGUGAUUUUCGAUUUGUUAACAUUAAUAAUAGGUAACAUAAGGCGAAUAAUGAAACUUGUUCUGCUUCAGAUCAAUAGUUACCAUUUUCUCACUCUGUGGAUGCAGCAUGGACCCCUGAAACAUCGGUAAACUUCUACUAGACUACACGAAGCAACAACCCAGUAGACUUCAAAUCCUACUUAAGUUCUCAUUCUGUUUCUCCAAUACCUGUAUAUUUUUCAAUGUUGCCUUCUCUCCAACUUACGUCGGUUUUAAUACGUUGUGUGUUUGUCUUUCACAAAUCAAAACUGAGAAACGGGCUCCGAGUGAGUUUCCAGGGUUUGAGACGUCUAAAACCGUGCGGCCUCUGCUCCAGAUAAAAAAUUAUUUGACAACUGAACCUUAAUUCAUAUCCAUAGAUAACCCCAAAUUAUAGGCUUUACAUUUAUUUGACAGCAAAUUAAAAUGUAUCAAAUCCAAAGUUGCCACUCUCUGACUGAUUUGUUUACACGCUCUGAAUUCCUCGCUUAUUGCUGACGUAAACUAGCCGCUAUAUUAUAUGCAACCUUUGUUGUCUGAAUGGAUAAAAACAACGUCACUGAAAUCAGAUUUGCAAGCCAGCGUGGGAGGAAGGGUGGAACUUGUCUGAUACACACAGACCAAUCUGUCUUUCAUGACAGUGGAACUCUGGUCACCAUGACCACCUGACGUUAUCGUUCAGUCACCGCGAAACUCGUGACGCCACAAAAAACAUAUCGUUCCAAGUGCUUCAGUGAAAGAAGAUCUCAUUGGUAAUACAGCCAAAAUAUUGCAAAAAAAAGACAUUGAGUGAAUUAGGUAAUGAGAAAUUCGUAACAGAACAGUUAUGUUACAGUGAAAACCGUCUGUGAUUCUGACGAAAACUGAAGAGUGCAUCAAUAAUAUUUUCCGUAAUAAGCGACAAUUUUAACUUGAAGAUUAUAUAUAUUUGUUCCGUUAGAAAUAGUGUGUGUAUUUGUAAAUUAAAACUUCUAUUUACAAUGAUACCAUAAGAAAUAAAUUUUGGGUGAUGGGAGGAUGUAGAGAUGAAUGAGUGUCUGAAAGAAAAUCACCAAGAUUUAGUUUCAGUAAGUGAAAACUAAAUAUUUGAACAACUAAAAUAUUACCUCUUUCUGUUUAAAAAGUAUUUUGAAAUAUAAACAUUUGAAAGACGAAAGAUGGUUUCUGCUUUAAUGUCAUAAAAUUAACACGUUAAUAAUACAUGUCUCUCUGCUUAUUUCAAAAUAUUGUUAUAUGUUAUUCUUUAAAUUUUAUAAAAGAUGUGAAUUUAAAUCACCGUUCGUACAUUCUUAAUUGUGAAUUUGAAGUAAUCAACCACUAAACUCGUCGCAGUUAAACAAUUACUUAAAAUUUUUACGUACCUAUAUGUAAACAUAUUACGCUAUUUUAAAAAAAAUAUUCUGUUAAUUUUAACAUAUGAAACAGGUUAUUUGCAGAAAAUGAAAAAAAAAUUAAUAAUUUUUAAUUUUUGGGUGUAAUAUUUGUAUUAUAAACAAUUGAUGUGUAAUAUAUUACAGAAAUGAAAUUAACGUCUCCAUUCAUCGUAAUCAGAACAGAACUUCAUAUAUACUGUGAUAAAAAAACUCUACACAGUCACGAAACUAUUUAAAACAGAUAUUCCCGACUGUGAUUUAAGUGUUGAGAAAGCUGAACAACGUCGUCCAUGAGCUACUAAGUAUCCAACCCCCUCUCAGAACACUUUCUGUCAACAGUGGUAAUACAUGGUGAUAAACAUAAGAUGGAUACAACUGGUGGAUUUCACGGUGAUAACACAUUUCAACAAUUGUUACAUCAUUGCACAUCCCUUCCGCAGUCCACUACAGAAAAAGUCAGCGAUCAUGUAUCUGUACCUUUAGAAAACCACAUUAAAAGACCCAUGAAUGCUUUCAUGGUAUGGUCAAGGAUUCAACGCCGGAAGAUCGCUAUAAAGAAUCCAAGGAUGCAUAAUUCAGAAAUUUCCAAACAGCUCGGUGCUGAAUGGAAAUUGCUGCCUGAAUCGGAAAAACGUCCCUUUAUAGACGAGGCGAAACGACUUAGAGUUCAGCACAUGCGUGAUCAUCCCAAUUACAAAUACAGACCACGGAGGAAGCCUAGAGGUAUGAGCGUGAGUGGACACAUGUUCUGCAGUCGUCGAGCUGUCAGCUCAAGUCCACGAGGUACCAGCAACGGGGCAUCGUUCUCGUAUCCAUCCUUCUCUUAUGUUUAUCCCACGGAGAAGUUCUCCAAGAGUUUCUGCGCAGGCUCAACAGGUUUCAUGGCGUCAAGAUUUCUGAUACCGCCAACGCAAUCCCUGACCCUCCCGCCCGUGAUGGACACGAUUGGUGCUCGAUUGGACAGCUUCAGGAACUUCCUGCAGCCUCAGGCGCCAGGACCCGAGAUUUCUCCGGCCAAGAUGUCUCAAGUUCCUUGUAAUUUGAUGUUCAUCCGCCCGUGA